UUAGCUCACACCGUUAUUUUAGAGGAUUGUGGUUGCCGCAAAGAGUGUGAUAAGUUGGUCCCAAAGGAUGACCGAAUAGACAUGAACAAAGCUUUUUGGGCUCUCAAUUCUACGGGACGGAAAAGCUUUGUACGAGAAAGAGUUCAGCGCAUAGCUGUGGAACGGCGCAGCUGCCAUCGUUACACCGAAACCCAACCCAAAAAGAAUCAUUCAUACAAAUUCCGUAUUCGCAAGACAGCAAGUGACGAAUCGUGGACCGUUUGCCGAAAAUUGUUUUUGAACACAUUGGGUUACAAUGAACAUUGUGGGUAAGUUUUAUUUUACAACUAUAUCAUACUGGAACUGGAUAAAUCGAUUUUUCAUAAUUACAGAAACAUUGUGUACCGAUUGGUUGAUGAUGGAGAAGACGAAGAAAAUACAGCGCCAAAAGCUCCGAAACGAGGAAAAUACGUACGCAGUACAGAUAAGCGUCAAUCAGUGAAGGAGCACAUCAACAAGUAUCAUCCAACGAUCUCUCAUUAUCGCCGUGAGCAUGCUCCGAACAGAAUGUACUUGCCGUCGGAUUUGACUCAGAAGGAAAUGCAUCGAAAUUAUCAAGAAACAAAUAAUUCUAGAAUCAGCUAUCAGUUUUACGGCCGCGUAAUGAAAAGCAUGAAUAUUGGAAUGGUUAAGCUCGGUCACGAAGAGUGCGAGUCAUGCAUUGAAGCAAUCCAGCACCAGCAACUUUCUAAGCAUACAGCUGAAAUGGCCGGAAUCGAUUCAUGUUCCAUUUGUGAGAAGUAUUUUGAACAUCUCAGGUUAGCCAAAGCAGCUCGGACCGAGUACCGUGAGGAUGGGGAAUCUAUUAAACCUGGACAUGUGGUAUUAGCAGUGGACCUGCAAAAGGUUAUCCAACUACCUCGUAUGGAAGGACUUAAAACUAUUGUAUUCUCACAAAGAUUGAUAGCGUUCAAUGAAACGUUUGCGCCGGUAGGAAAGUACACCCGUGCAUUACCAGUAGUAGCUUGUGUCUGGAAUGAGGCUAUUCGUGGCCGAUCAUCUGCAGACCUGCUUGGGUGCUUUCACCGCGUUGUAACGAAAUUCAGUAAAGUAGAUAAGCUUGUCUUAUGGUUGGAUAACUGCGCGGCACAAAACAAGAAUUGGAACCUUUUCCUACAUUUAAUCAUUCUGCUGAAUUCCAAAAACAUUCAAAUGAAGGAACUGGUUCUAAAAUUUUUCGAAUCAGGGCACACAUUCAUGGCGGCAGACAGCUUCCAUGCUGCCGUUGAAGGUGCCAUGCGACGACAUCCGCCAAUCACAUAUUCAGAUUUCAAAGCUGUAGUUCAGGGAGCAAAACAAAAAGUUGAGGUGAUGGAUAUGGUUCCCGAGCAUUUUUUCACUGCCGCUUUUACAGUUUCUCAGUACGUACUAAACAAGCUCAGCCCGCGCCCAUAUAUUGACAACAUUAGGCAGGUGGUCAUUAAGAAAGGCAGCUUAGAAUUUUAUUACAGCAACUCUGUGAAUGGGGAUGAUUUGAAAAGCUGUAAAAUAUUCACAACUAAGCAAGAAAACAUUAUUUCUUCAGACGAUUUUGACCUGGAACAUCUCUUAAAGAAACAAUGCAAGCCUCGAGGAAUUGACGAGGGAAGAAAAUCUGCUUUACUUGGUACAAUAUUACCAAUGAUAGAUGAAGAAAAGCAGCAAUUUUGGAUCGACUUACCUACAAUUGGAGAUUAAAUCUAUGUUGAUUAUGCUGCAAUUCGAUUUGAAUAU